UUCUUAUCUUUCAAAUUCUGAUUUGAAAACUAAUGAGAUUUCUUUUGAUAAAAGCAAAGCUGUGAAACCCACAAGCAAAGCUCAUUCCACCAGGUGCUUCAAAUGCCAUAGGAUCGGUCAUUAUGCUAACAAGUGUCAAAAGCAAAAACCGUUGGUGACUUUGGAGAAUGAGAACCUUGAAACCGAGCCAGAAAAGGAAGAGCCUUUGCCAAUUCAAAUACCGGACCAAACUCAAGAUUUGAGGACAAAUCUUUUUGAAGAGGAAGGGAAUGAUGUGCCCUGGUUCGUGGAUCAGUCCAUUGGAGCCAACCAGCAUGGAGAUCAGGACGUUCUGAACAAUUUGACCGAGGUUCGUUCAUCCGACCGUACCGAUCAGACUGACCAAGCCGUUCUGCGUGCGUCCCGAUUGGAGCUUCGGCUGGAACCACGUCCAGACGACCUAACCGACCGAACCACAGCCCGUCUUCCCCAACCAACUCGACAUUCUAAAACCCACGGUCGAGCCAGACUUAGCUUGGGUCGUGAAGAAACCAAAGACGGACAUGCAUUCUUAUCUGGCGGACCAUCCGGACAGUCCCGCAAGCGUCCUUAUCUUUACCCCGUGCAUCCAUCUGGUUCGGAUGAACCUGGACAUCUUGACUAGUCUUCUCCAUUUUCCGUUCCUUGACCAGAUCUAGUCUUCUCCAUUUUCCGUGCCUUGACCAGAUCUAGUCUUCUCCAUUUUCCGUGUCUUGACCAGAUCUAGUCUUCUCCAUUUUCCGUGCCUUGACUAGAUCUAGUCAAAUUUAUAUUUUCUAUGCAUUGUUUUCCUACAUUUCUAUUUAUUGUCUUUGACUACAAAACACUAUAAAUAUGUAGUCCCUUUGAUGAAUAAAGGCAGUUCAUUUUAGUUGUUUAUUUUCGAUUCUUCUUUUCUCUGAGUGAGAGAGAGAGUUCUUAGCUAGUUCAUCGGUUUGAACCGGCUUGUUGAUUUGGUGGUCAGCCAAUCAUCUUUUGUGUCGUUUGGUGGUUAGCCAACACACCUUCAUCGUUUCUUAGGUGGUUAGCCUUAGAUCUUGGGUAUAUCAAGAGCCAUUCCGCAUCUCUUGACGAUCCUUUCAAUCCAUUCCAGUUCCAGAAGUGCCAUCGCCUUCUCGGUUCAUAUCAAACACCCGGCCAAAGCCAUCCUUCCCGUUUUGGGCGUAUCAGCCUGUUAUUCGAUGGGCCUUGUGGAGGGAUGUAAUCCAUCUCCUACAAUAAGUCCCCCCCCAGUUCACUUGUGAGCGGCGUAGCGGUCUCAGUGAAUUUGUGGGUCAGGUUCGUUCGUAUAACAGGUCCUAGCGUGUUUAGUCGCACGCCGUUUUAUUGACGUUUCUAGUCGCUUAGAGUAGUACUUCUUCAUGAUCUGCUUUGCUCGCCGAGGUUUUUAUCAUGGAGGCACAUUUUACUCGGUAGGCGAAUUACCCCGAUAUAAGAGCUCAAGCUUAUCUCAUCGGUUUACGUUAGGAAACCGGUUUAGACCGAAAUCGGGGAUUAAUUUCGGUCUGGCAUCUCGAUUAGAGAUCGGUUUGAACGAGAAACUGAACCGUCGCGAGUAAGCCUUUGGGUAUUUAGGCGGCCUUUGAGGCCCAUUUAGGCUUCUGUAGACCUAAUGAUUGCGCUUCGGAGGAUGUGCCCUUGUUUUUGCUAUAAAUAGGCUCCUCCCUUUCGCUUUCGUCAUUCUUCUCUGCAAGUUCAGGGAUUCCGCCUUCUCUCCCUUCCCUCUAUUUUUACUUUCUCUCUCUAGGUACGUUUCUCCUUACACAGGCUCGUCGGCAUCGUCUGGCGGUUUUAGUCGUCCCCUAAAUCCAGGAUCAUGCCUCUGAGAGGUCGUUUGUUGCGAGAAGAAAAAGGGAAGGGCGUCGCAGAUUCUCCGAGUCCGACCAGAGAUGCACGGGUAGCAGACAGUCCACCGGAUGAUUUCGACUUGAUUCAUCGCGACGCUCUUCGGGAUUUAGACAAUAUGACCUUAUCUCAACGCCUUUUGGUCGCUGAGGCUCAUAAGAUGAUCCGUGAUGAAUGCGCGGAUCGCGUCGAAGUUGGGAGCAGUGACGUGAGUGGUAGCGGUUCUGAAGCGUCUAGCCAAGCCUCAAGAUCUUUGAGACGAGCUAGUCGGGAGAUUUCUUUCGACCAGAUAGACUGCCGUCCCACGAUCUAUCAUUCUGAGGGGAUCUUCGAAGAAUUCGGCGCACUCCCGUCUGAAUUGUUUCGUGACCCGCGGGCUCAGUUAUGGGGGAAUGUCUUUGAUUCUUGCUCCUCUCACAAGACGGUGAGGGAUUUAUUGAGGCGAAGAGGAGGUGCCGGCGUUACGUACAUCAUUCCUUCCAAGAGACAGCGUCCUUGGUCGCCUCCGAUUGGCUAUCAGUGUGUCUACGAGUCUUAUUUUGGAGACCAUACGAUGCUCUGGUUUCCAAUUCCCCGACUGAUCACGUCGUACGCAUUCCGUCGGGACAUCGCCAUCUGUCAGCUGCUUAACGGGUCGCUGCGCAUCGCGGUUAUGCUAAUGGUGAUGGCAGCAGAGAUAGAUGUUUCGAUGAGUGUGAGAGUAUUCGAAGAGUUAACUUUUACGAAGGCGGAGCCACAUGGAAUAUUUUCAGUGAAGAUGCGCUCGAGCUACAACGUCUUGUCCGGGCACCCGAACAAGACGAAGGACUGGCAGCGCUCAUAUUUUUACGUCAAAUCUGACGAGCAUGCCUUCUCGGAGCCACCUGGGGACGACUACCGUGUUCUAUGGAACAAAACGCUUGGUAGAUAGUGUUUGUUGUCAUCAUGCCUUAUUCGAGUAUUCUAACAGCAUGUUUCUUGUUGUUGCAGUUCAUCACCCGAAUACGAUCGCAUACCCGGAGAAAUUCUUCGAGAGUGCUCAGGCGAUCGCGGCUCACAGUCAUCUUCGUUGGCCUGAUCUUAGUCGAGAGUGGAUAAGACGUCAAGAAGCUCGGAUUGCUAGAGGUGAGUUCAUCGGUCUUUCUCCAAGAAGUUCUAUCAACAACUUAGUCUCUCUUCUUUUUCUUUUUACAGUUGAUUGGGAAUCGAGACUUCCUGUUGUACUCGGGCCCCGUAAGUCGCAUCUGUCCCUUUUUACUCGGAAACAGCAGAAACUUCUAGACGAAGCUAGAAAGAUGGACGGAGUGACGGAUUUGAGUGCAUUGUUGAAGGAGAAGCUGCAAUUGCUUUCGAAGAAGUCAAUUCCUGCCGAUGUGCAAGGGUCGACCAGUUCUGACGCAGGCCGAGCUUCCAAGGAAGGAGCUCCUGGUUUAGUCGACAAAGACGUUGGGGCGGAGCCUCCUGCCUCGAGUCCUAAAAAGAAGACGAAGAGCAAGAAAUCCAGGAGGAAAGCAACCGAAGAGCUUCCUCUUGAAGAGAUCGCUUCUCUCGACGAAACCUACGAGGGUUUGGAAGCAAGGAAGGGAGAGAGAGGGAGGAAGAGAUCUUACGAAGGGGCUACUUCCUCCAUUGAUCACGGCGAGGCGCCGACAGUAGGACGAGAAGGCGCUACAAGGGGUUCCGACGGGUCUGACCGUUCCGAAGCGGCGCCCGAAGAUCGUCCCAGAAAGAAGAAGAAAAAGAAGUCCAUCGAGGCAGAGCCGCGUCCUUCUGAUGUGGAGACGGGCCUUGUCGAAGUUGUCGCGGGAGGCGACGUUUCCCUUGAAACCCCUCCUGAGGAGAGAGAGGUCUCAGCGCGGGGCAGUGAUCCUGUUACGGGUGAGAGAUCUGUUCGUGAUCCGUCUGCGAGGAAAGGGUCUCGUUCAGAAGGUUCUACUGUGAGGAGGAAGAAGAUCGAGUUCCCCGAUCGCGUCGAGUUUUCCUACAAUGAGACGACCCCCCUAAUCCUUAAUCCUCUUAGGUGCGCGGAGCUGACGCGCCAAAUUCGUGGUGGGACGAAGGAGAUGCCACAGUUGGACGACCUUUACUUCAAGACUGAAUACAUAGACGCUGCUUCCUCGAGAGCUCGGGUAACUACGCUACCCUUCAUGCUUUAUCUCAUUAUUCGAUUCGUCGGGUUUAUUCGUCUCACGUGGUCUGUGUUUGUCGUGUGUGCAGAGUGACGGGAGUAUGAACUUUCUCGUUGAGAAAUACGAUAGUGCUCUGAAACAGACAAUGAUCCAGUUGGGAUCUUCGGAGAAGCUUGCCCAGACGAGGUUGAAGGUCACCGAGAGAGUAAGGGCGGAGCAUAAGAAAGCCAACGAGAAGGCCGCAGAGGAGAAAGAGAUUCUUCGAGUGAAGUUCGAAGAACUGGAGGGCAAGCUUAAAUCUUCCAGCGCGGCGAGGAAAGAGCUCGUCCGAGAGAAAAGUCAUUUGGAGCAAACGGCUGCGAACCUGGAGAAGGAGAAGACCAUGCUGGUCGAAGAGAGAGAUGCCGCGGUAGACAAACUAAUCAGAGAGAGGCAACGCUUGAGGGACUCCCAGGGUUUGGAGGUUACUCGUGAGAGGGAAAGAGUCGAGGCUGCUAUGGCUGAGAAGGCAAGUCGCCAUUUUGAUCGCGUGCGCGACCAUUUUACUCGUCUGGAGGCUUUCGAGAAGGCGAAGAAUCUGUAUGGUCAAGCUUCGGGGACGAAGAAGUGCCUCGAGGUUAUAAAGGCGAGUGGGACGGAGAUCCCCCAAGAAAUGAUCGACGUCUUCGCUGAGCAGGAGAAACUUUACGAGGCGGAGGUUAUGAAACUCCGAGUAGAGCCGCUGUCUGAUAGCGAUCUUACACUUUCUCCGCUGGUCCUUCCUUCUCAUUUCGCCGAGGACCGGUUCAGAACGUCAUUCGAUCCCUAUGGGUCGAACGUAAAUUUGAUCGGGCCAGAGACGGCUUCUCGGCUCGUUACCUCACUCGAAGUUGUUGAGGAGCCAUCAGAGGAGCCACUGGUUGACGUCACGUCUAUCCCUACCGAACAUGUCAAAUCCCCGGUGGGAAGCGGUUUUGACGAGCGCCCAGAGAAUGAGAAUCUGAAGGGGUUUCCUGGAAAGGACUGCCUCGAGAUAGGCGACACUCUGGUUCGAGAGGGAGAGACCGAGAACGUGGGCGUCGAGGAUCAUGUGCUUGUCUCGGAUUCUUCCUCCGAAGGACGAGAGGAUGGGGAGGAGGAUAACGAUGGAAUCGAGGAGGCGUCGCUGCCACGUCCCGCUGAGGAGGAGACGAUCUACGAAGCUGGGGAUACAGAUGUUCCUCCACUUCCUGUUGUAGACUCUCUUGCCCCUAUUUCUACUCGGGCGGAGGAUCCAACUGCUGCCGCUACCAAGGGUCCUGACAAUCAAGAUUCUAUGCCUUGAUGUCUCACCUAUGUUCUUUUUUGUUUGUGGUCU